AUGGUUCUUGGAUUUGGUCACCACUCUCAAAAGGACCCCGCUGUUUCCUCCGAGUCACGAGGACGUGACCCUUUCAUUGCCACCGGUCGUGGCGGUGCGGGUAACAUCAUUCGCUCGCCCUCUCGAUCGCGCGAUCGCUCUGGCAAUGCUAUCCCUCGCGAGACGGUCGCUGCUGCCGCGGUUCCCGGCCACAUGAUCUCGAGCGGUCGAGGUGGUGCCGGUAAUGUACGAUCGCCUUCGCGCGAUCCUUUGGACCGAAAGAAGCUCGCCGAAGUCCAGGCGCGCGAGGACAAGCUGCAGGAAGAGUACCGCUCGCAGGACGCUAAGCUCGCACACUCCACCGGCCGUGGCGGUGCGGGUAACAUCGCCUCGACGACGGAAGCCGAAGAGCGUGGGCGUGGCCGCGACUCGGACGGCACCAGCAGUGGAGGUGGUGUCACAGGUUUGCUGAGGUCUCUGUCGAGAUCGCGCUCACGUGAGCCGCGAAACAGCGGCAAAGACUCGCCCAAGAACCGAUCGCAGUCGCGCCCUAGAGCGUCCGAGUCGAGCAAACUCGCUCAGGUUGACGAGACUUCACGAAGCAGCGAGGAGGAGACGGCUUACUCUGCCUCUACCCACAACGCUGGUGUGAAUGGUGGAAACUAG